AUGUACCCACCUCGGCCCACGUACACACCCCGGUCCUCGUACCCACCGCCGCCCACAAGAAGGAACAGAACUGUGACCAGCACCGCCGUCAAGCCGAAAAGAGGUCUUGACUUCUGGCUCAUUUUUGCAGCUACCGCAAUGGCGGGGUCCUUGAGUGCCCUCGACACGUCGUGUAUUCCUACAGCUCUUCCAAGUAUGGUAGCAGAUCUACAUGGGGAGGCUUCCUUCGCGUGGGUGGGGAGCGCGUACACCCUGGCUUCAGCCGCAUGGCUUCCAUUGACUGGAGCGCUUGCCGGGGCGUUUGGGAGACAGCCCAUCAUCGUCUUGGCCCUUACUUUGUUUUUCCUUGGGUCAGUGUUAUGUGGAGAGGCAACCAGCAUGGAUAUGUUAAUCGCUGGAAGAACUGUUCAAGGUUUGGGCGGCGGUGGGAUUCUGGCCAUGAGCGAAAUCAUCGUCGCAGAUCUCGUUCCCUUGAAGGAGCGUGGGGCGUUCAUGGGAAUAAUGUCCCUUGUUUGGGCCCUGGCUGGUUCGAUCGGGCCACUUAUGGGCGGAGCACUGUCCCAAAAGGCCACAUGGAGAUGGAUAUUCCGCAUUAACCUACCUCUCACGUUCCUUGCUUUCUGCCUCGUCGUUGGUUUUCUGAAACUCAAGAUUCCAAGCGGGAGCAUCAAACAGAAGUUUAAGAGGAUUGAUUGGUUUGGUAACGCUCUGAUCGCAGCAUCAACAUGCUCUGUAACAAUUGCCCUCACCCGGGGAGGUGUGGAAGUCUCCUGGUCCUCCGCACAAACUAUCGUGCCCCUCAUUCUUGGGCUUCUGGGAAUGGUCGCUUUCUUUGCAUAUGAAGCGAAGUGCGUCGCCGAGCCAACGAUACCGUUCGACCUCCUCUCCAAUCGAACUUCUGCUGCAGGCUUUAUUACCACCUUCUUUCACUCCAUCGUCGCUGUCGCAGUAAUCUUCUACAUGCCUGUAUUGUUCCAGGCGUGCUUCAUUGCCUCUCCAAUUCAAUCCGGAGUGGAUUCACUUGCUCUGGCAAUCACCAUGACAUUUGCUUCGCUUUUUGGUGGUGUUUCGGCCAUGGUCACAAAACGCUAUGUACCGCAAAACUGGAUUGGUUGGAUCUUGAUGACGAUCGGAACCGGGUGCCUAAGCUUGCUCCAAUCCGACAGCCCCACGGCGAAAUGGGUCGGCUUCCAAGCACUGGUCGGUUUGGGUCUUGGCAUGGUUUGGACCACUGUGAAGUUCCCCAUUCUUGCCCCGCUACCGGUGUCUCGCAAUGCCAGCGCUAUGGCCUUGUUCACUUUUUUCCGAACCCUGGCUCAAACGUUUGGUAUCACAAUCGCUGGUGCGGUACUCCAGAACGAGCUGAAGAUGCGGCUCCCUACGGCCUUCCUCACGCUCUUUCCCGGCAAUGUAGAUGUUUCCUUUGCGGCUAUUCCCGUCAUCCCCACUUUGUCGGCCUCUAUCCGCGUUCAAGUUCAGGACGCAUUUGCAGCCAGCCUCAGCAUUGUUUGGAAGGUCUUAUUGACAUUUUGUUUCCUAGGUUUGCUGACUGUGGUUCUAAUGAAAGAGGUCGAGCUGCACGAUGAAACCGACGAGAAUUGGGAUUUGUCAGAAGCUCAAGUCCUGGUUGAUACGGAGCCAGUGACAGGAUUACGGUCACGUCGUAACCGUGGCCAGGAAACAACAACGGAGCAGGGAAGAUCGCCAUCUCCGGUACUCAUAUAG